UGGACGCCAUCGAAACCCGAGUCAGCAAGGCGACCACAGGCACCACGCAGAGUGACUCAUCCCCGCAGGCGAGCGGUCAGCAGCAGCAGCACGUUCAGCAGACGCCCCAACAGACACACGUUCAGCAACAGACACAGGCGCAGCAACAGCAGCAGCAACAGGCGAGUACUGUGCGCGGACGCCUAGGGCACGACCAGCACCAGCGACCGCCCCCGCAGUCAUGCCAACCGAGCCUGGCCAGGAAAGCCAAUGCGCAGAAAGAAGAGGAAAACGGAAGCCCGGACAAGAAGCAGCGCGAGGGCGUGAGCGAGGGCGAGGGCGUGGAGGAGGACGAGAGUGGGUGGUGGGCGGAGCGCGUGGUGGCUGUGCUGGGUAGGAUGACCGGCUACAGGGACACAUGGUAUCGAAGCCACGCCCACCUUCUGCACGGCGACGGGCCGCUGCCGCACACCUGGAGGCUCUACAUCGCGGCGCUGGCUGUAUGUCGCCAUGAGGUAGGUUGGCUCAUGCAAGCUCUCCUAGGAGAUUUCCGGAGUGCAGGUGGAGACACACGCUGGUUAGCAGGCUUGCAUCAUGCUCCUCCCAAAUUCUCGGCUCUGGCAUCCAUUAACAACAUCUUAGCACAUCAGCCCUGGUUGCUCUCACCACAACAUAUACAGCAACUAACAAAGGGUGAAGACAGCUGGUCACUUGGGGAAUUGUGUCAGGCACUUUGCAUUAUGACACAUUUCCAUGCCCUUGCAACCUUCCUGCAUGGCUGUGGAUUAUCUACUUAUACAAUUCCUAAAAAGGAAAAGGAUGUGAUAACAGUAGACAGAAACACUUGUAGCAGUAAAGCAUCGUCACCUUGUCUCCAGUCCAGACAGCCAUGUCCAGAAGCUCCAGAAAGUUCAACCACUAAUUCGUCUUGUAAACUUAAUUCCAGGUCUGACAUAAGGAAGGCAAGUACAGUAAAUGAAACUAGACACAAGCAAAGGGUCUAUGCUCAUCUAACACUGAACCCAGGUUUUACAUACGAAGAUUUUAACUGCAAUGAUGAGUCACGCAUACCUUCUUUAUCAAUUCAGGAAUACAAUUGGCAAGAUCAUGGAUAUGCUAUGUGUUCACGACUGGCAGGAGAGGUUGGAGCCUUCCUUGAUGAACGAUUUACUUCUGCUCUUACUGUAGCCCAUGUUCCAACACAGACACAGUUAUCUAAGUCAAAUGCAAGCUGCUCUCCAAGUACAGCUAUUCUUGAUCAACAAAAUAAUCCAAUACCCAGUUCACUAAUGUAUGAUCAGACUUCUCCUCUCCCUGCAAAAGCAUUAUGGAAUUAUGUUCAGUGGCUCUUAGGUAUUCACCAUGAUGAUUGUGACUACAAUGCACUGAAUAAACACUUGGAUCCACAACUCAAGGCAUUCAUAAAAACAGCAUGUUGCUUCCCUGAAACCUUAAGUGAUUCCAAUACAAUGACUACAAAUGGUGUUCAAGCUAGAGUGGUUGAAGCAAGUGUGAUAGUAAUGGAGGCUCGCCUGCAGUCAGAACUGCUUUAUGCUCUGAGGGCCAUAAUGCUUCAUCAGUGUUAAGUUGUCGAUACAUACAUAAUAUUAUCCUAAAUCACUCUAGCAUGAUAUUAUAAGCUAUCAAGAGUACUGAUAUAAAUGUCAUUUGCUAAGAAUAGAUAUAUACUACUGUUUAAUACUGCCUUUUAUGUAUGUGUUCAGAAUAAUCUAAUGGCAGAUGAGUUAUAUUUCUGU